UACAUAUUUAAAGUAGCGUAAUUUUUUUAUUUCAGUAAUUUUUCAGAUAAAAUUGUAAAAAAUUGCAAUAACUUAUUAUUUCACCUAUUUAUUAUUAUUUUAGAUUAAUUUAUAAUGCGUUUGAACAAUAUUCUUUUGUUUCGCGAUAUGAGAAAAUAUACCAAAAAUCCAAAUAAUGUAAUAUUUGAAGAGCUCUUACCUCUUAAGUUGAAGAAUAGCGUUUCUGGAAAAGGUGAUCGAUCAAAAGAACGAGCUUGCGUUCACGAAAUGUCGAUUAUGUUUGCAUGUUUUAAGAAAAACGAAUUUGACCAAAGUCUUUGUUCAGAGGAAAUAAAUAAAUUUCAAACCUGUUCAAAAAUACAUCAAGUCGAAAAAUAUAAAAGAAAACAAGAUUUGAGAGAAGGAAAAAUUUCUACUGGACAACAUAACCUUUCCCCGAGAGAAGUGAAUCACCUCCUGAAGAAAUAUCCCAAUCCUUAAAGUAAAUGUUAAGUAUUAUUUCAUUGUUUUUGUUUAGAACCUGUAUUAUAUAAUAAUAAUCAGUUUUUUUCAAUUAAGAAUUCUGUUAAAUUUUAUUAAAUUUAGUCAUAACAGGUUUUUUUUUAAUAAG